AUGCUAGAGAGAGCUGAUCAAGAACCAGGGACCCAUGAUAUCACACUUGACAAAGACUUUUAUGAUGCGCUAGAUAAAGGCGGAGGUGUCCGGCAAAAGCUACCACAGGAUCCUGACAAAUGUCUCGACUUGGUCAGGAGCUACCAUCCGAACAUAGUGUAUCUAUGUCACAACGCAAGGACUGUUCAUCUCCAAUCACCAUCAGGACCACGGACAAUCUUCAAGGUCUUCGGCAGUCCUUAUGUGCCCAGGCGUGACGAAUGGGCAUUCGGAUACACACGCCACGAUGAUGCUGCUGAACAUCUCUGGUCAGAUAUUCCGUUGGAUACGGACAUAUUGCUGACUCACACUCCGGCCUUCAAUCACCGCAACGCCAGCACUGAAUGGCAAGCGGCGGGCUGUGAGGUGCUCAGAAGGGCUUUGUGGCAAGUCAGACCUCGCCUAGCGGUCUGUGGUCGUAUUCAUGAGGCCAGAGGGAUUGAGAAGGUGCAUUGGGAACUCGGGCAGACCUAUCCGCCAUUCUGGGAAAGAUGGACAACGCAAAUCAAUGUUCCUAGUUCUUGGGGAAAAGGAAGAUGGAUGACAUUGGACAUGACCUGCAUGGGUGACAAUCCCCUGCUCAACGACGGAGCCAGUUUCGAUCCACGACUCGAUGGUGGAGUCCCUGGACAGCAGCCACAUGGAAACAAUGUUUCCUUUUCUCCAGGAAGGGAACAGAGCGACACGGCAUUAUUACGCAUUCUCGAAGACAAUGAUGGUGAUCCGCCAAGCGAAGUGCUGACAAUGAUGUCGGGCUCAAGCGAUAUGACAGCUCAAACGGGAGUCCCCCAGUGGAAUACGGCAGAAGUCACCUACCGACAUGAAGCAGCCUUACCGCCUCAACCUAUGCGUCCAAUACUCGGUGAUCGCAACCAGGCAGCUCUACAAGUUCGACUCGGCAGACAGGAAACUCUGAUCGUGAAUGCAAGUAUCAAGACCAAGGGGAUUACCAAAAGAGUCUACAACAAGCCGAUUGUUGUGGAUAUUGAGCUACCGGUCGGAUAC